AAAGCAGUGGAGAGACUUAGGGAGGCAUUGCUGAAAGACAUCAAGGACAAGGCAGAGAAAUAGAGAACCUGUGUAAACUAGACGAGGCUUUUUCUGCAAGGAUCCUGUGGAGAGAAGCGACAUUUCCGGUGGGGAUUGAUCGGUCCAUCCAAAGACAUGGCUGUGAGGCAAAGGUUCUUCAACUCCACAGCUCCGUUCUCUGACUCACCCAAAGAGCUGAAGGGGACAUGUCCAUCUUACUCCAGCGUGGAGCAGGAGACGGAGGAUGAGGAAGAGGAGGGGAAGGACAACACAAAAGGCUACGUGGAUGUAGCUGAAUGGGCAGCCAACCCUUUUUUUAAUAAACUCCUGACACAAGGGACUGCAGAGCAAGUGGGAGAAAAGCCGAUAAAGACCUCAACCAUCAUUGCCCAGGCUGAAUGUGAAACCCAGGACUCUCAGGAGUUCAGCCCCUCAUGUUAUGAACGCUCUUUUGUUCCCUCCCCUAACUGCUUUACCAGCAGUCUUUCCUGUGAGCACAAUAAUGUUGCGUGCCCCACAACGGCCUCCUACCAGGAGCAGAGCGGCUUUUCAUCAAACUUCUCCCCAAGAAAAAAGAGUCGCAGGAGGCAGAAGCGAAAAGGGGCAAAGAAAAAGGAGAGGAGGACAGACAACCAGCGACAACGCCGACGAACGCCAUCAGGAGUCCCUGAGCAAGAGAGCGGAAGCUCUCAAGCUCAGAUCUUGGAGUCCUUGUCUCAUGGAGAGAGCAGUGACCUCAGCAGCUCCUGCUGCAGCAGCAGCACUGAGAGCCUGGAGACGCAGGAGCGAAGGGCUUCUCUUUACCCGCUGCUGAUUUGUGACACGGGCUCCAGCUGCUCCCCUUUAAACUGGCCCCAGUCGUUCUGUCGCCCCUUCUCCAGGCCUUUGUCCUAUGAGCAGGAAAACAGCUCGGACUCCCUCAGCAGUGUGGGAGACUGUUCCCUGGCCCUCGCUGGACUCCGGGGCAGCGUCAGUCAGGGGGACCCAUGCUUCGCUGGGCCCUUUUUCAAAGACGUGGAGAGGGAGUUGACAGAGGAGGAAGACGAGCUGUCUGCGUCUUCUGUCAUAAAAAAUGAGGGAAUAAUAUUUUAUAACGAUAAAAUUCAACCCGUAGAUUCUGAAUACAAGGAAGGGAGCGAGUACACCCUGACACAUUUCAUCAAACAGGGCUCCUAUGGAGAAGUCCGCUGUGCUCAAGAUGUCAAAACAGGAUUCAAAUUUGCUGUGAAAAAGAUUGCCCUGAGGAGGUUCAUCAGCGAGGAGGUGGGUGCGUGGAGUGCCCUCAGGUCUCCUCGUGUGGUGGAACUCUUUGGAGUGAUCAGAGAUGGGCCCAACAUCGUUCUUUUAAUGGACCUCAAAAGUGGCUGCCUGGGUGACCUGAUCAAGAGGUGCGGCCGGCUGCCGGAGGAUUUGAGUCUGCAUUACCACUCACAAGUGCUGGCAGCACUUGAGUACUUGGUCAAGAAAAGAGUAGCACAUUUAGAUAUUAAAGCCGACAACGUGUUGCUGUCAGAAGAUGGUAGAGACUCCUACUUGUGUGACUUUGGACAUGCAGAGAAAGUGGACCACCAGGGCCAGAGCCUUAGUGGGUUCAAAGACCUGAAGGGCACAGAAAGCCACAUGGCACCUGAGAUUGUGAAAGGAGAACCCCGCGGAACCAAAGCAGAUGUGUGGAGCAGCUGCUGUAUGUUAUUGCACAUGCUCAACGGUUGCCAGCCAUGGACGAGAUACUACACCUGCAGGCUCUACCUUAAGAUUGCAAAUGAGCCUCCACCUCUGAGAGAGAUCCCCGGUGACUGUAGUCCUCUCACAGCUGAUGUUUUGAAAGCAGGCCUCCAGAAGGAUCCAGUUAAGAGGUUGUCUGCAUCUGACCUCAAACUUAAAACUGACAGCGCUCUAAAACAAGUGGGAGGACUCACCAGUGUAGUGGAAGGGCCCUACACUACACCUCUGCAUGUUCAGGACAAACUGCUGGACUCCCAGCAGCUGCUUCACAGCAGCGCAGACUUUGAGGCCGAUGAGACGCAGCUCUCCGUCAACAAGGUGAUCUCCGCGGGUCUGAGGACAAAGAAACCUGACGACGAGGAAGACGUGGAGUCCAACAAGUCCUUCUCUAACGCUCCACAAAUGCUCAUCCAUGAGCCAAACUAUAAGAAUUACCACGAGGAAAUCACAGUGCCUGAACUGGAGCUUCGUAAACUGGAGCGGGACUUGUACCUGAGCAGCCUCUCACAGCUUCACUCUGCAGAGAUGCAGGAGCAGCUCCUCUCUUGUCUCAACAGUGACCAUUGUUUCAACCGGGAGCCGUGGGAUAAAAAGGACUCUGGCCGCUGGUCUUUGAGCCCAGGAGAUGACCCCAGCUCCGGCUUCUUCUCCUCCAACAGCCAGCCAGAGGUUCAGCCCUUCAGCAUCGGUUUGCUGGGUCAGUUCGAGUUUCCGCUGCCCAGCUGUCUUGAAGGGGUGGACGUCCACAUCCGAGACUUCAGCUGCAAAACCAUUCGGAUCAGAGAGAAGCGGCGGGUGAAGGUUGGCCACAUUGCCACUGGAAUCAGUGACCAGAUCUCUGAGCGGGUGUUCACUCUGGAGACGGCGCACGGCCGGCAGGUCCCUCACAACGAGGAGGUACAAGAAUCUGGUCUAGAGCUCCGCUGUGUCCCCGCUCCAGACUUCAGUCGCGCGUGGUCGUGGAGGAUCAAAGACGGACUCCUGGAGACGCGUGAAAGCCCACAAGUCUGAUGACCUUUUAACGAGUCCCCAUUUCAUGUGAAAUCUGUGAAGAAGGGGAGGGAUGUGGCCUUUCUAAACUGCAUGUUCAACUCAAGGCAAUAAAAAAGAAACACAAAAACAA